GUUCUCAGGUUCGGUUGUGGUCUCUGCAGGUUUGCUGCCAUUACACUGUCGAGGUUUGCGCGUGUUUUCUUCUGUGGCUGAGUGUUUUCUUCUGUAGUGCACGAGUGGCCAGUGCCGUUUCGACCGAAGGGAAAGUGUAGUAGUGUAGUGAGAGGUGUCGUCGUUGGUUUUUGUCUCACUUUAGCCCGCGAUAAACGUCGAACUUGCGUUACAACAGAAGCGAAUUGUGUAGUAAAUUUUUGGAGGCCCCGAUUGGAAUUGCGUUUUUUGCGACUCUUUUAUGUCAAAAGAAAUCGCUAUUGUGCCAUCAGUUUAUGAGUGGGAGUGUGUGUGCAUCUAGUGAUGUUUUUGAUUUUGAGCUAAUAAUGAAUGAAACUAGUGCAAUUGAUAUCUUUGAAGUGCGAGGAUGAAUUUUAUUUCAUGAAUGAACUCAAACACUUUCGGCAAUCUGAAGUGUGAAAAAAGGAAACAGUUUUACGAAGCGAAGCACAAAAAAAGUCACAAUUGCAUACGGCAGAGUCGCGUUCGACAAUUUCGUAAUUGGUAGCAGCAACUGGUUUGCUGAUACAGUGUGACACGUAAAGUCGAAGCUAUUUUUGCCUGAUGCAAUGAUUUUAAAGACGUGGUCACCUGCUCACUCAUUAACCCACAAUAUCAGUUAAUGGAAACGCGCAAGCAUAAUUUUAAAGUUUACAAGCAGUGCAACGUAGCGUCUAGAGCGGCAGAUUUGCACAGUCCAUUCCGUACAAGUACCCGACGGUAAUCAAAUUAAUCAAGAGUCAUCAUCAAGCGAGCCAAUCAUCACAUCAUCUCGGCAGCCGGACUCCUGAGAGUCUCGGAGCUCCAGUAGCGGUACCGAAGGUACCUAAUGAACAUACCCCUAACUAUUUACCCUCGAGAGGGUUUUCGGAGGCCAUCGACGCCACUACAGUACGGUAGUGUGCAAAUAAGCGUGUUCGCAAAUCUUCGGAUCUUUCUGGUGUGGACCUAUUCUUCUGCACUGGCAACAGCUUAUGUAAUGCGCUGAAGUUCAAUCUCACAUAGAAACUCCCGAAAGGCAGCGAAUUAAAAUUGUGGUAUAACAGAAAAUAAAAUCUGAUAGGUACUCAAGUACCUAUCAUUUUUACCGCUAGAGCUCCGCAGACCACUUAAUUCCGUGCAGCCAGUUGAAAUAAUAGGCAACACCAUCGAACAUUUAAGGAACCGGCAUGUUGAGAGUUGCGUAUGGGCAUUGUUUCUUUCAGUAGUGCGAGAAAGAGCACUGUGCGAUCCUCUCAUUAAAUAACGCUGUCGGACGUUUGCACUUCAGUUUGCUUGCUAAUCCUUCGUCGCUGUGUUGAAUAAUCAGAUAAUUUAGGAUUGCAAUUAAGCAGGGAACCUGCAGAGAUCGGAAUAUCUCCACUGUUAUAUAUAAAUAUUUUCACCGAAACCCAGUGCGAAACGAAGCGGCACCGGUCAAGUUCCUUGUAUGAUAAAAAGUGAAAGGAAACGGUCGGCUCAAUUACGAAAGUUUAGUGAAGCAAAAAGUCCUGUGGCAAUUUUUGUUUUGUUUUAUUGUCAUUUUUUCUAUUCCUCUUUUACCUGAAAUUCAAAAGCUAUUUGUCAUUGUAAUAAUUUAACGUGAUUAGCGGGUGUGAUAUAAAAAUAUCUAAAUGAUACCGAAAAGAUAAGCAAAGUGAAAGUAGUGUAACGUCGACAUCAUCGAGACAUGAGCGUCUUUCAUAGGCCCUUUGUGGGCCUUUUAGUUCUGUGCUUUGUGACGUCUCUGCUGCUGGCUCAGCGGAACGAUGGCGGCGAACGGUUGAUGAGUCACGUGGAGAAGCAACGCUACGAUGGCUGGUAUAACAAUUUAGCUCAUCCUGAUUGGGGUGCUGUAGAUAAUCACCUUACUCGGAAAGCACCCCCCGCCUACUCGGACGGAGUGUACGUUCUGGCCGGUUCGAAUCGACCCUCGCCGCGCAGACUGAGCCGGCUGUUUAUGCGUGGCAAGGAUGGACUGCCGUCGCAAUUCAACCGUACUGCUUUGCUAGCUUUCUUCGGGCAGGUCGUUACGAACGAGGUCGUCAUGGCAUCUGAAUCUGGCUGUCCAAUCGAGAUGCACCGGAUAGAAAUUGAAAAAUGUGACGAAAUGUACGACCGUGAAUGUCGCGGUGAUCGGUACAUUCCGUUUCAUAGAGCUGCGUACGAUCGGAACACAGGCCAGAGUCCGAACGCGCCAAGAGAACAAAUCAAUCAGAUGACGGCAUGGAUCGAUGGUAGCUUUAUUUACAGUACAUCGGAGGCGUGGUUGAAUGCGAUGCGAUCGUUCCAGGAUGGCCUGCUGCUCACCGAUAGGGAAGGUACAAUGCCAGUGAAAAACACUCAACGCGUACCGCUGUUCAACAAUCCGGUACCGCAUGUAAUGAGAAUGCUUAACCCGGAGAGGUUAUACCUGUUGGGUGAUCCUCGAACAAAUCAAAACCCAGCGGUACUAUCUUUCGCGAUUCUUUUUCUACGAUGGCAUAACGUAGUGGCAAAACGUGUUCGUAAGCAACAUAGAGACUGGACCGACGAGGAAAUUUUUCAACGAGCUCGGCGGGUUGUUAUAGCUAGUUUACAAAAUGUGAUAUCCUACGAGUACCUGCCAGCGUUUCUUGACGCCGAAUUGUCACCCUACACGGGCUAUAAAGCCGACACUCAUCCCGGCGUUAGCCACAUGUUUCAGGCGGCUGCUUUUCGCUUUGGACACUCUCUCAUACCACCCGGCUUGUUUCGACGUAACGGGAAAUGCGAGUUUCGUAGAACUCAGAUGGACUAUCCUGCGCUCAGACUCUGCUCCACGUGGUGGAAUUCCAAUGAUGUUUUAGAUGAGACCCCCACCGAGGAGUUUUUGAUGGGUAUGGCAUCUCAGCUUUCCGAACGAGAAGAUCCGCUGCUGUGCUCGGAUGUGCGCGAUCAGCUGUUCGGGCCGAUGGAAUUCUCGCGAAGAGAUCUGGGAGCGCUGAACAUUAUGCGCGGGCGUGAUAACGGAUUGCCCGAUUACAAUACAGCUAGAGUGGCUUACAAACUACCAAAGAAGAAAACUUGGAGAGACAUCAAUCCAGAAGUGUUCGAGCAAAAUCCUGAACUGUUAGAUCUAUUAAUCAAAACAUACGACAACCGUCUAGAUAACGUUGAUGUUUACGUCGGUGGUAUGUUGGAGUCGAACGGAAAACCAGGAGAACUUUUCACUGCCGUGAUAAUUGAUCAGUUUACUAGAAUAAGGGAUGCCGAUCGGUUUUGGUUUGAAAAUGAAGAUAACGGAAUAUUCUCCACGGAGGAAAUUGCCGAGCUUCGCAAAAUAACCCUGUGGGACAUUAUCGUCAACAGUACGGACAUCGACCCGGACGAUAUUCAGAAAGAUGUUUUCCACUGGAACGAGGGAGAUCCGUGCCCGCAACCGGAGCAGUUGAAUGCCACCAUGCUUGAACCGUGCAAUCAUCUAGAGGGUUACGAUUACUUCUCCGGCUCUGAGCUAGCUUAUAUUUAUUCGUGUGUAUUUCUCGGAUUCGUUCCGAUUCUGUGCGCAGGAGCGGGUUACUGUGUCAUCAAGUUGCAGAACAGCCGCAGGCGCAAGUUGAAGAUAAAACAGGAAGCACUCAAAUCCAAUGGAAUUGGCAAAGGAUCAGUGGAAAAAAUGGUCGCUCGAGAAUGGUUGCACGCUAACCACAAACGUUUGGUUACGGUGAAGUUCGGUCCAGAAGCUGCAAUCCAUACUGUGGACCGCAAAGGGGAAAAACUUCGUACUUUUAGUCUGAAGGACGUGGAUGUGGUGACCGUUGAACAGUCGCAAGAAAACUACAAAAAGAAGAAGCCAUAUCUAUUGUUACGCGUUCCGAACGAUCACGAUUUGGUACUGGAAUUGGAAUCGAAUUCUGCGCGAAGAAAGUUUGUGAAAAAAUUAGAAGAUUUCUUGCUGCUCCAUAAAAAGGACAUGUCGUUUGUGGAAAUUCAACGUGAUAUAAUGCUUGCUAAAGCGGAAACUCGCGAGAGGAGGCAGAAACGGUUGGAGCACUUUUUCCGCGAAGCCUAUGCGUUGACCUUCGGAUUGCGGCCGGGUGAGCGUCGGAGAAGAUCCGAUGUUUCCGUCGACGGCGAAGUUAUGACAGUUAUGAGAACCAGUUUGUCCAAGUCGGAAUUCGCGGCUGCUUUGGGAAUGAAACAGGACGAUAUGUUCGUCAGGAAAAUGUUCAACAUUGUCGAUAAGGACCAGGAUGGGAGAAUUUCAUUUCAGGAAUUCCUGGAAACAGUCGUCCUUUUUUCACGUGGUAAAACUGAUGAUAAGCUGAGAAUUAUUUUUGACAUGUGCGACAACGAUAGAAACGGAGUGAUUGACAAAGGCGAGCUGAGUGAAAUGAUGCGUUCGCUAGUGGAAAUUGCCAGAACUACUAGCGUUACCGAUGAUCAGGUGAAGGAGCUCAUUGAUGGAAUGUUUCAGGAUGUUGGAUUGGAGCACAAAAAUCAUCUGACCUAUCAGGAUUUCAAGUUGAUGAUGAAGGAAUACAAGGGCGAUUUCGUGGCUAUUGGUUUGGACUGUAAAGGUGCAAAGCAGAACUUCUUGGAUACUUCGACAAAUGUGGCACGGAUGACAUCGUUCCACAUCGAACCCCCUUCCGAUGCACGACGCAACUGGAUGCAGGAACGUUGGGACAGUUACACUACUUUCUUGGAGGAGAAUCGGCAAAACAUUUUCUAUCUGUUUCUAUUCUACGUCGUUACUAUAGUGUUAUUUGUUGAGAGAUUCAUUCAUUAUUCAUUCAUGGCAGAGCACACCGAUCUGAGGCACAUCAUGGGGGUCGGCAUUGCCAUUACCCGAGGCUCGGCGGCUUCGCUUUCGUUCUGCUAUUCAUUACUGCUCUUGACGAUGUCUAGGAAUCUGAUAACAAAAUUAAAAGAAUUUCCGAUUCAACAAUACAUUCCAUUGGAUUCCCACAUCCAGUUUCACAAGAUUGCUGCCUGUACAGCACUGUUUUUCUCGCUGUUGCACACCGUGGGACAUAUUGUGAAUUUUUAUCACGUGUCAACUCAAUCUAUCGAGAAUUUGAAGUGUCUCACGAAGGAAGUUCAUUUUACCUCGGAUUAUCGACCGGAUAUCACCUACUGGCUGUUUCAAACUGUAACAGGAGUAACCGGAGUCAUGCUGUUCGUCAUCAUGUGCAUCAUAUUCGCAUUCGCUCAUCCAACGAUCCGCAAGAAAGCUUAUAAAUUCUUCUGGAACGCACAUUCUUUGUAUGUGUUGCUGUACAUACUGUGUCUGAUUCACGGGUUAGCUCGUCUCACCGGGGCUCCUCGUUUCUGGUUAUUUUUCAUCGGCCCAGGAAUCAUCUACACGCUGGACAAAAUUGUUUCCCUACGUACGAAAUACAUGGCACUAGAUGUGAUCGAAACGGAUUUGCUGCCAUCGGAUGUCAUCAAGAUCAAAUUCUAUCGUCCACCAAAUCUAAAAUAUCUCUCCGGACAAUGGGUGCGACUCUCUUGUACAGAAAUUAAACCGGAGGAAAUGCACAGCUUUACGUUAACUUCUGCUCCACAUGAGAACUUCCUCAGCUGCCACAUCAAAGCGCAAGGACCGUGGACAUGGAAGUUGCGGAACUAUUUCGACCCUUGCAACUACAACCCGGACGAUCAGCCGAAGAUUCGAAUCGAGGGUCCUUUCGGUGGUGGCAACCAGGAUUGGUACAAAUUCGAGGUGGCCGUCAUGGUCGGCGGAGGAAUCGGUGUUACUCCGUAUGCUUCGAUUUUGAACGAUUUAGUGUUCGGCACGAGUACCAAUCGAUACUCAGGAGUGGCUUGUAAGAAGGUAUACUUCUUGUGGAUUUGCCCAUCUCACAAGCACUUCGAGUGGUUCAUCGAUGUGCUGAGAGAUGUCGAGAAGAAGGAUGUCACCAAUGUGCUGGAGAUUCAUAUCUUCAUUACGCAGUUUUUCCACAAGUUUGAUUUACGAACGACUAUGCUGUAUAUUUGCGAGAACCAUUUCCAACGAUUGGCGAAAACGUCUAUGUUCACCGGUCUGAAAGCGGUGAAUCAUUUCGGUCGUCCCGAUAUGUCCAGUUUUCUGAAAUUCGUACAAAAGAAACAUUCUUAUGUUUCGAAGAUAGGCGUGUUCUCGUGCGGGCCACGUCCGCUUACCAAGAGUGUCAUGUCAGCGUGCGACGAAGUGAAUAAGGGUAGAAAGUUGCCAUAUUUUAUUCAUCAUUUCGAAAACUUUGGCUGAGCCGUUUCUGACCGUCGCUCAGUUACCGCGUUUUGCUCAUUUAGGAUUUUUUUUUCUUUCUGUCUAAAGUCGAAACUAUUUUUAAUCAGUUAGGAUUACCGCAUGAAUUCGAAUCCCUGUCUACGAGGGAAUCAGUUCAUUAUUUGUUCGUGGCCUUAGUAUACUUUUGUUGCAUGUUUAUGUCUCAAAAUAAAAAAAGUGCAGUGUUAGUCCCAGUGCCUUAAUGGCCAAAAACGUAUUUAUUUUUUGGAGUGUACGUUAAGUCAAGCAAAAACAAAAGAGAAUAUUCAUCAAAUGCCAAUAAAUAAACCAUUUUGCUAA